UAAGCACGGUACGCAUGCGCGGAUAACUUUUUAAUUGAUACUUUUUUAAUUUCAACGUGCGGCCAGUUUCGAAUUUUCGAAUAUCGAAUGUUGCGUGUGUGUUUAUAUAAGGAUUGUUAUUGUGGAAAGUGCGAGUUUUUGACCAAAAAUGCUUAAAUGGGCGGUGUACAAAAAGAAUCAAGAAGUGAAAAGCGACGCUGAAUCAGAAGAAAAAGAUUACGAUGGACCUUACAACACAACAGCCAGACGUUCUCUCGACGCCCAAGCCAUCAAGAAAAGCAAAAAGCCCAGCCGUUACCAGAGGCGAUCACUGGGACCUUCCGCAGUUAGGAAAAACAUCAAAACUGUCGACAAAGAAAACCUAAACUACAUAGGAAACACUCCCAACUAUUUUAAAGAAGGCUUCGUCAAGAAAACAGAAAUACUUGCUCUCAAAGACGUCAGCAACAUAACCCCGACCAAUGGAACACCUGUCAAAAAUUUCGAAAGAAGACGUUACUAUGUGAACGGCUCUAAAGAUGACAUCCCACCUAAUUUACCUCCGACUCCUCCUACGUAUAGUAGGAGAGUAAGAGAAGCGAAAAAGAGGAAACUAGAGAUGUCCCAAGAAAACUUCAGAAGAGAUAGUAGCGUGUACAAAUCAGAAAGAAGGAUCAGACCUAUUGACAAAAGCAUAUUAAGUUCAGGUUUGUCCCAGAGCUCCUCGGAGCCUUCUCUUAACGAACUUUCUGAUAGACUUAGUUUGACAAGCAGUAGGUUUUCCUUUGCGGCCAAUAAGCUACCGAAGAAUAAUGGACCUAUCAGCACAACAAAAUCUGCGAGUGAAGGUAUAGUUGAAAUAGUAUAUGAUGAAGAUUUAGUUCUCAACUGUGUAGAAAAACCUAUCGAAAAUAAGGUUAUAGAAAAAACAACGCUGCCUAUUUUCGGUCAUCACAUAUUCACAGAUAAUCCUCUAUAUUUCAACAAAAACGAUAACGGCUUUAGUAAUAUUAUACCUUUGAAACGCACGAGAAAGAAAUCAAAUGAAUUCGAAAGCUCCUUCAAAUCGCCAUGUGUGGAUAAAAGAGACACGCAUACACUCGUAAGGGAUGCAUGCUCACCUGUGUCGGUUACUCCUUUGUCAAUGAAGUUAGCCGCUUUAAAGUUUAGCGCUUUAAGUACCCAUAGCAAGUCAAAAAGGCUUCCUUUUACAAAUGACGAUACGGAGUAUUUUCCUAAAGUGGAAAAUCCAUUCCCUAUUGCGCUAAAAGACGAAGAGAGCGCAACUGAAAUGGAAUACAAAUUUUUAUUAGGCAAAGAUUCUAUAACAAAUAACACAGAGUCAACUGUAUCUACAACACAAAUGGGAGACGUGACUCUAGAAAGAAUGAUUGAAGAUAUUAUAAAGAGUACUAAAAUUAUUAAAUCUAAGAGAAGAGUAUUGAAUAAAGAUAUACAAGUAUCUAUAGAAGAAGAGAUUCCGCCAUUAGAGUGUGUUAAAGACCUAUUUGUGAAUCCUCAAGCUGAGAACAAGGCAAAUUUAAUAAAAGAGGCGCGAUACGUGAAUCUGUCACGGGAAAACUCAGUGUCACCAAAAAGUACACCCACUAAGAAAAUAAUGCCCGUACAUAGGGUAAACGAGAAACUACUCAAAAACCUUCCUAUUGGGUGCUUCAUUCUUGAUGACGGUGAUGGUUAUAAUGAAAGAGAAGUAUGUACACCAGAUAAUGCUAUAGAAUCUAAGUCAAGAAUACGGACAAGUGAGAAUUUUAGCAGAACGCUAUGCAGGUCACAGUCCAUGAACGCAGCAUCACUAGAUACUGCAAAAUUACAUCGAACAAAUUCUGAAUCAACGCCAGAUAUAUCCAGAGAAAGUUCGAAGCUGAGAUUAAAAAGGCAAAGGUGCAUCCGUAGAAAAAAAUCAACAGUCAGCAACGACAGCCAAUGGAAACUAAAGGAUUCUAGAUCAGUGUUAACGCAUUUAGAUAUACCUAGUCCAGCGUUAGAUCUUCACAGCGUAUCUACUGAAUCCUUUAGAUUAGACUUUGAACCGAAUAAAUCAAUAAGGUCCAACGUAUCGCACAGUAGUCUAAAAUCUACAGUUGAGCCUAGAAGAUCACAAGAGAUGUUCGGACUUACACUUGAAAACGGGAUCCCAAGUCCAAUCACUCCAGUACAUAAUUUAAAGCGGCCAAGUAAUGUUUUAAGCGAAGAAAGAGCCCAUAAAACUAGUAAACUAGAAGAGCCUCUUGACGCGUUCACUCCAGUCAUAGAACACAAGUCUUCUAGGAGAUGUUUAACGUAUUCUCCUGAAGAGGGCAGUAUAAACAGCAGUGAAGAGAAGAGAAGAAGUGUGGCCAGCAAUCCUAUGGACAGUAGUAGUCAGAGACUGAACGCGCCUAAAGGGACGAUUGAUUUGGAAAUCAUUACAAAAGAUGACGUUAUUGACGUCCACGUUAUUCGUUGUCGAGACCUCCGCAGAGCGUGCGGGAGCACGGAAAACAUAAAUGCAUACGCAAAGGUGGUCAUCGGGGGAGCCUCAGAGAGCCAAUCCGUCCCAUCGCAGAGGUCAAUUUUCCAACGAACGUCUGUGCUCUAUGGAAAAAGGGAGCCUGAAUUCCAGAGGCACUUGAAACUGCCUCUUCCUUCCUCUGUUUACGACAACCAGAUGCUACACGUCUCCGUCUGGCAUAGAGACAAGAAAUAUCGCCGGAGCGAGUUCCUAGGAUGUGUCUCGUUCCCGCUAAAAGAUGCUGUUAAGGCCGACGUGUCCGGGUCCUUCUACCUGCAGCGGCCUGCGCCCGCGCCUCCAUGCGCUAGAGAACUGAGCAAAAUGGCGACCGACAACAUUGAUACUAGCACAGAAGAGAAGGAGAAUUGCAAUGAUAAAGGAGCCCUUAACGGCCCGUCCGGGCAGACGGCGGUGGCGGCCGCCCUCCAGCGCGAGGCAGACGAGCACCUGUUCCUCAGAUACUUGGAGCUGGACCCUCCUGAGGAUGCUGCCGCGCCGAGAAGGGCCCAGAGGAACGGCAGGACUCCUUUCACCACCUCGAGGAAACUGACCCGCGCCACGAACGGCGGUUUCGGCUUCACCGUGGUGUGGACGCGCCCGCCGCGCGUCGAACGCGUCGCCGCUGGCGGUUCGGCCGAACGCGCCGGUCUGCGAGCGGGGGACUACAUCGUGUUCGUCGGAAACAAGAACGUUGUCACGUCGAGUGAGGAUGAAGUCCGAGGGUUGGUCAAAUCCGCCGGUCAAACUCUCCAGCUGGAAACCUUCCGAAGAGUUCCUCAGAACGGCGUAGGGGCGCGUCCUCGCUUAGCACAAGUGACCAAUCCGUUCCCGGAGUCCACGCCCCCGCCCGCGCCGCGCUCCCCCCGCGUCGCCCCCGCGUCGCCCGCGCCCGUCGCUCGACCACCGACCGCCUGCUCGUCUACCAGUCAGAGUCUCGACCGACGCAAACUGCAACUGCCCCAAGUGACGUUCUCGAAAGAGGCUCUCUACCCCCAGGCCCCCACAGCGGACAGCAGAAAACGCGCCCUCCUGGCCGUGGUGGCCCGUGAACAACAUUAUGCCACAUGUCUCCAAUUCGGCUUGGUCCGCUUCGUCUCACCAUUGGCUGAGAGAGCGGACCUCAUCGCGCCUAACGACCAUCAGCUGCUAUUUCAGAACUUAGAAGAGAUUCUAAGGCUAUCCGAGGACAUCCUAGACCAAGUGGUGCAGGAUGACGGGGAGAUCCAAACGUCGACGGUGGUGGCGGUCUACCUGCAGAAGGCGCCUGUGUUCCUCAGCCUGUACAAGAAGUACUGCCUCGGGUUGAAGAGGGCGGACUGUGUACUAGUAAAAAAAUCAAAAGACCCCAGCGGCGCGUUCUCGCGCUUCUGCACCAGCCCUCCGAUCCCACGCCGGAGGCCCGACAUCACCUCCCUGGUCCACAAGCCGCUAGAGCAGUUCCGGGAGCUUCUGAGGCUGAUGAGGGCCGCUGCGGCCUCGGCGGGAGCGGGGCCGUAUGACCAGCUUGAGAAAAAACAGCUGCAAGUUAUUGUGGACCAGUUGCAGAGCGCAUACCAAGACGUAACAGCGGGCUCGGGACUCAUGGGUUUGGCUGGCGACGGCAAGCCGCUGCUCUCCGUUGCCGACCUUGAGAGUAGACUUGUCUUCACUAGGUGUAAGCCCUUCAUUCUAAGCACAACCGGCCGGCAAUGGAUCUUCGGCGGCGAGUUGUCCAGGGUGGAAGGACGCGCCGUCCGUCCGUACUGGGCCCUGCUGUUCAGCGACCUUCUACUCUUCGCCACUGUCUCCAGGGACCGGGUGCUCUUCGUCACGGAGGAGCCGGUGCUGCUGGCUACUGUGUCUGAUGCUCAGUUCAAUCUUAGGAAAAAAGCGACAGAAUUCAGGCUGAUCCUCGGAAGAACAGGGGGAGAAAGCCCUCUCGUCUCCUGCGCUCCUCGCACUCCUGGCCGAACCAGGACAGUGGUGCUACGGGCUCCUUCGAUAGACCUCAAGGCGGUGUGGCAGAGUCUUCUUCAACGUCAGAUAUACCGAGCAAACACGAUGUCCGGCACUCCUCUCGGGUCACCGCUGGACUCGCCGGACCCACAACUCACGUUCUCCCUGGCCACGCUGGACUCACAGCAGCGCCAGACUCGCCGCAGUUCAGCGGAGACGCAUACCGGCGCCGCGAGCGCCACCGAAGGCGCCCGCAGCUCCCGCAGUCGGGGCUCCACGUUGCACCUCCAGAAGUGGAUGACGCAGCUACCAGAGGCCGAAGAGUUGGACCCCCCUGAGCCUGACAUGGAGAUGUGGAGUGUAGAAGAACUGAGGAAGCGGUCAAAAGAACUGAACCUUCUAGAAGUAGCCGAGGUGAUCACGAUGAACGGAGAUAAGAGUUCGCCGAGCGAGAAGAAGGAGACGGACCACAGUCCCUCCAAGAGCAGUAACUCUGGGAGUCAAAUUACAGUCCGCACAAGUCCAGUGGUCGUAGACACGAUUCCGGUCUGCCGUCAGUGCCACAAGAAGUGCCUCUCGAAGCCGAACAGCCCCCUCAUAUCGCAGAAGGAGCCUCCGAAGCCGAAGGAGGCACCUUCCCCGCAAAACUCGUCGAGUAAAAGCCCUACGUGCAGUGCCAACUGUGGUAACAGGAAGCCGAAAACCUUCUCCAUGCACUUAGAGCGUAAAGGUGCUAUCAAGAUACGUCCAGAAGAUGCUCCUAAAGCAGCCAUGAGAGUCAUAGACUCCAUAGAGCAAAGUCAAAGAAUGCUCAAAUCUACGUCCUAUGACCUAAAAACUGAAUCCCCCCUACUUAGCAGAAGUAUUCACUCAACAAACAAGAGCCAACUAGAGUUGAGGAACAAUACUUCUAUUAGAUCCCCUAGUCCUUCCUCUGGCUCUAGAAAUAAUAGCCCUUUAUCCACUAGCCAUACUACUUGUAGCUCGAUGGUGUUCAAUUCUAGCUCUAAUGAUUUAAGAAUGUCUAAUUCUAACAUUUCUAACCAAGUCCAAUGCGUUAUAGCUCAAGAGAGAUACCUUAACGAAGUAAAAUGCGUUGAAAGUGUAACAUUGUCAAAGACAAAAAACAACAACGCAAACUAUCCAUCCCCGGCAAGUAUAAGAAAAGAACAAAUAACAAGACAAAAGGCUGAAAAUGUGCUUAAUAAAGUAUUAGGUAUGAACAUUAUAACUAAGAGAGAAAACGUUGGAACAUGUCUUAAAACGUCAUCGGUGUUUUUAGAUGACGAUUCAGUGCAUGAAGAUGAUGAUUUUAAAAUUGAAAGGGGAUUAAGGCGGUCUCCUAGGAUGGGUAUAUCAGCGGUUACUAAAAUGAACGGUGAUAUAAAUAAAAAGACUGAGGAUGUUAACGCCAAUACGUGUAAUGAUGAUGAUGAUGAUUUGGAGUUGGGCCCUCUCAUGUUGAUGGGGCUGUCUGCGAUCAAUCCAGCGGCGCAUCUCAUGCGAGUUGAGCCUUUUAAAAAGGCGUCUGUGGCCAGCUUAAACGCUAACUCGAGACCGGAAAGUCUGGGGUCCAUAAAAUGUGAAUCCCCGGUCAAUAUUUCGGUGGUGCCGCCGACGCCGGACUACAAUACUGUUGAUAAGACUGAUACCCUAAUAGAUGAAUCUCCCGAAUCGCCGGACGCGCCGGAAGACCUGCCGUACGUGUCACUCAAGAGGUAUGGCACGAUGUCGAGUCUGGAACGGCUGCCGUCCGACGAAACGGAUGACGGAAACGUGAGAACGGAGCCGGAGCCGACGAAGGCGUAUAACACGGUGUCAGGCGCGGCAGGAGGCAUAAUGGGCUGGACGGCCAGAGCAGGCUCCUUCGUGGUGGAGAAGAUGAACAUCUUCAGCUACACGGAGAGCGUCCCCAGCACAGCGCUUGCGCACAAGCAGCCAUCUUUCCUUGAAAGAUGCUUGGGCGUCAGCGAGUGGAAAACAGCGGUGGAGGACGGCACGGCGGAGACGGGUGACGGCAGCGGGGCGAGCGGGGAGGAGGCGUGGGGGACACCCUCGUCGGGCGACCUGUCGGAUAAUCUGCCGGACUCCGAGCACGGCACACUCUCUUCGCCCACGAAGUCCUCAUCAUCGUACGCCGGUGACGACGACACGGAGCUGAUGAUGGACGAGCUCCUCAUGGCGCCCACCAUCACUGGACCCACGACGCUGAGGCCACUGUUACCUAGGGAUAUUUUUAGGAGAAGACUGGAACCCCUGAUGGAAGAGGAAUGCUCGGACAGUGGCAGCGAAGACAACAAACAGACGCCCACCAAUUCGGAAGACCAGGGCAGCGCGCGUGGGCUCGCUGCUGACGGCUGCUCCGACGCGCGCCGGCCGCCCUCUGCUUUAGAGUCAGAAGCAGGGGGCGGGUGUGGCGCGCGGGCUGGCGGGGGCCGAGGUGCCGGCGCGGCCGAUCUGAGCCCAGAUCGGACGCCCACCAACGAGGCGCCCUUACCGCUCUUACAAUCUGCUUCAAGAGAGUAUGCGGAGCGUGCCGCUGCUGGACGCCGGGGCUCAGCCAGCUCAGCAAGCACGCCCUCCACUCUCGAGCGCACCGCCAUCCACAAUAUACCGCACCAAUCUCCAGUAUCGGAGCGUGCGCCGGACCCUCAACCGGAGGAGCGACUCAGCCCCCGCGCAGAGAUGCGGCUCGCUUUGGACCAGGGGACGGAUGUGCUGGCGCAGCAAGAGGCGAGAAAACAGGCUGGCGGGUCAGACCCCUGGUCGUUUCGCGCGGCAUGUCAGCGGUCGCUGCUACGUCGGGUGGCGAGCGCGGACGCUGUGACGCUCUGCCGCGCUCAAACCCGCCGCACCGCGCCGCAUACUACUUCGCGCAAUUCUGUAUAUGCCUGGAAAGUUCCAGAAAGCGAGAAACUUUCGGAGAUGGAGCAACUGGCGCGAGUGGAAGCUCAGACGAUGCGUUCGCGGACGCGCUCUCUAUGCCAGAACGGGAAGAUAUUGGGUUUCCUCCGCCGCCGAGCCUCCUCCGAUAGCCCUCGUCGGGAGCCCCUGCUGCUCGGUACUCGCCCCUUCUCCCCCCGACGAUCUACAGAGAAGCAAUUCGAGAAAAGGUUUUGGAAACAAGUCACUAGAAGACGACAGUCCCUAGGCUCCGUUAGCCAAAUAUGAACGUAAUUAUGCAAAACUACUAGUAUGGUUUAUAAAAAGUGUUCAUGUUAUAGAUUUAGUGUUGACAUUGAACAUUAUAUGUCAAAAGUGAUUUUCAAUGCGGUUAUGCUGUACCUGGGAGUGAAAUAAAACAUCAUCACUUCAUGAAUUUAACACAGGCGAGAAAAUCAGCGAGAAAUAGUUACAUUUUUUGCUGUCUCACAUUGCAUUGUCAUCUUCACUAGUCAUUAACAUGGAAAAAUGCCUUUAAAGUGAGUCCGGUAGAAAUAACUAAAUUAUUAGGUAAUAUGAUUAUUCAUAUGAAUGUAGCACAAGUUGUCAUUGUCAUAUAACAAUUGUCAUGUUGGUAUAAUACAAGCGUACAGUGAAAAAUCGUUAAAUCCAAGUUUUUCGAUUAAUCGAGCAUGCUAUAUACAUAAGUUGAGGUCGUGUUUAAUUUACCGAUUCUCUGCCUUAUUGUCUAAAUUUAAGUGUAGUGUAAAUUGAUUGGUAACUAUCAAUUAACUCAACUUAAAGAAGCAUCUAUCAAACAAGUCCGCACACGAAGCGUAGUCGUGGUAUAGCGUCAUGACGACAAGAGUUUGAAUGCAAACAGAACGAUCACGCUUACGUGACGCUGGUGCCCUAAACACUACGCCUCUCUAAAAAGGCCACGAUGAUGCAACGCUCACACCUACGCCUCGUGUGCUGAGGGCCUUAAGAAAUAUAAUAUUCAGACACAAACAUCAGUUUCAUGUAACAACUGUAAAGUUUCCAUAUAUAGAACAAUUAUGUGGCUAUUAACAAUUAUACCGCUCAACACAAGCUUGUUUAAUUGUAUGGUGAGUAGAAUAAUUCUACGGAGAUUGUAAAGGCUAAGAGGUAUUAAGGAUACUGUUGCCAGAUGACAUGCCAAAUAGAGACGCAUGGGACCCGUCUACCUAACUCAUAUCUUAGAUAGAAUCUAAUGUUAGUCAGUGAUCCUCUAUUUUAUCUACAUUGAGAUUAACUAUUGAAAUCAAUCACCCCCAGCGUGUUGUUAGUCAUCAGAAUUCAUCUACUUAAAGUUCUAAAAUGCAGUAGACAUUCGGUUACAGAUAAAGUUACAUAUGUAUGUAUGUAUAAAUUAUAUGUUGCUGUGUAUGUACUGAAUGUGGAACAAAUGGCAUUGCAGGAGAAUCGUGCUAUAACUACAGGAACCUUAAUCGUUUGUAAAUAUUUAUAACUAAUAACUUAAUAAGAUUAUUGUGUUUAUGUAGAUAAGUGUAAAUUAUUACAUAUUAUUAAAAUGUUCGUUGAAAUACAAGUAAAAAUAUUACUUGAAAAUAAGCUGUUUGUACUAUAUUAGGAAGUUAUUCUUCUGUAUUUUAUUUGAAUAACAUAUGUCAUAUGCAACAACUUACCUAAACCAAAAACCACAACCAUAGUGGACUACGUACAUAUGUAGUUACGAAUAAAAAAGUAGUUGUGAUUAUAUGUAACUUCCUCGUUAUUGUGGUUAAAAUAGGAUCACUGACUUAUGUAACAUAAAUUUAUAGAUUAUUUGGGCUAUUUGUAGAUGUAAAUAUGUCAAAAAGUACGGUUUAAUGUUUCUCAACUGUACAUAGUUAAAUGUAUUUAGAAUUUUAACGCUAUUUUUUAUUAUUGCUUGAUAUAGAUAUUAUAGAUGUACCUACUAUUAUCUAAGUGUUUUAUCUAUUUUAAAAUUUACGCUCUAAGUAUUGACCUUUGCUGUUUCCUAAUCACUAAGAAGUUUUUGUGAAAUGGUGUUUUAGCUUGAACAUGUUUAAAUCAUUACUAAACAUAAACAUUAAACAGUCUGAAAUCUGAAAAGAAUAGAAAACGAAUAUUUACUGCGUAAAGCUAUGUUGAGUACCUGCACCAAGUAUGCACAUCAUCUUUUCUGUCUUUUAAAUAUGUAUACCUCAGUUAUUUAAGGAGUUCGUAUGAAGAAGUACUUAAAAAUGUCGCUAAAACACCAAUUUUUAAGCAUAAUGUUACCUAUAUAUCACCCAUUGUUUACCUAAUAACAUACUUGUUUAAUCGUUUUAUUGUACCAUUAUCACCAACACAAUUGUUGUCGUGUGCAAUUCGUGGUACCUAUUGUAAAAACAGUAGAACACAAUAAUACACCAAUUUUACCGGAGGUAUAUGUUAAAUGUAUAUUUGUCAGUGAUAUUUGUUCAUCUAGUAUAUUUAAAUAAGCCGCGAAUCGCACACUAUGUUGUAUUUUAAUACGUCCAUUUUAAUCGUUAUCAUUCUGCUUAUUAAUUUUAAACUAAACUCAGGUUCGAAAGUAAUUGUUUAAUAGAAAAAAUAUGGUAGGUAAAAUUUUAAUUACAUAGACAACCAGCUUUGUAACACAAGUUAAAUGUAUUUGGAAUCGUGUUAAUUCGAAGCAUACAAUACACCUACAGCGAUUUUUCUUCAGGCAAAGUGUGACUUAUUGUCUUAGUACCAUCGUGGUUGAAUUUAAGCAUAUAUGUAACUCGCAAUAUAUCAAUGUUAUUGUCAUUUGAAUGUUGUAUUGAAACCAGUAACAGUUAGAUGCCACAGUUUUUGUUCCCAAUGUAGAAAAGAUAUUUUUCUGCCGUGGUUGCUGAUAAAUGUGAUAACUAAAGUCAGUACUUGUUGAAUGUGAUAUGAAUGUGAUAUUUCCCGUGCUUAAAGGUCAGUCUGCUGGCAAAUAUGAAAGAUACAAAUCGGUACCUUAAAACCACCCAACUACAUUAUGAAAGCUCCCAUAGUCCAAAAUUAAGUCCAUAUCUUUGUUCAGCUAUGACUAAUAUUUAAAUUUCUCAAUCGUAAGACAAAAUAAUAUAUAUGUUCAUAAAUAGUAGAUAAACUCAGACAACACCAAAGAGAAGAUUGGCAUUGAUACUUGAUUUUGAUUACGUAUUAAACUUGUGAACCAAAGCUGUAGUACUGGACUGUGGAUGGAUGGUUUUACGGUAGAUACAUAGACAAGUUAUCAGGAAAUUUUCUUUUCAAUUGAAGUUAUAGAGCAGCGGUCCUGGUUUAAUGGAUUUCUCCAGACAGACAAAAGAAGUGGCAUCUAGUAUUUUAUCAGAAUAUUACUACAAACCUAUUUAUUGCUAAUCCGAAACUUAUAGCUCCAUUUGACAAUUGGGUUGUGAUCUAGCUUUAACUGUGGCGUACCCUGCGUUAUAUUUAUUCUCGUUUCACUACAUAUUAACAAUUUCAUCAGUUGUGUGUGUACAUUUCAUAGUUUAAGGUACUUAGCGAGCACCGUCAAAAAUAUGACCAAUUGUCAUUUUCACGUAAUAAUUGUCAUGUUGACAAAAUGCUCCAAUUUCACUAGGCACAUAUUUCAUCAACUUGACAAUUGACAUCCGACACUGACUAUGUCCUGUCAUGGUUCAGUAAGUAUCGACAGGAUACGUAGAGUCCAUGUAUACCCCAUACAACCAUUUCUAGUCGCCGUUACGACGCGGUGUUGACACAUCUUGUGUCGACACCGUCUGUUUCGGUCACAAUUCCAGUCGCAGAGUCGUCGCCGUGUCGACACAGUUACCAGAAAUGGGGAAGGGUCGACACAUGACACAAAGUGACAUAAAGUGUGGUCGCCGUGUGCACACAUUGUUUCGGGUUUGCGACUACUUUAUGCCAAAAUCAUUCGUUCAUUCGUUCAUUUCGUUCCUGUCAAAUGGAAACUGUCAGAUGGAAAAAUGCUUAAAUAAAAAUAAGUGACAUUAAUACGCCAUCUCUAAAACGGAUUACAAGACGUAAUUAUAUAUUGUUUGCAUUUAUAUUACAAUAGGACUUAAAUUAUUAUGGGGAAUUAAACUGCUCGAGUGAUUUGAUAAACUAAGUGUAAUAUAAUCAACGCGCCACCACAUUGUUUUAGUUUAGCCGGAAAUGAAAUUGUUUACUUCUCAGUGCCUGUGUUCAUAACUAUAUUAUUUGAUGCAUUUUUAGUACUUCGAUGCGUAUACUAUACUUAAAUAACAGAAAUAACGCUUUACAUACUACGAAACUUGUUAAUUAUGAUGUAUAAAUAUGGUUUAAGGCUGAGAAAUAUUGCAGUCACAAAGUAGUCGCAAAUGUUUCGACUUUGUGUCGACUCUGUGUUGACACAUGACACGCGCUGUCAAAAGUAAUAACAAAGUUACUGGAUUUGCAAAAUGGCUCCUUGUGUUCAUUCGUUUUCAGAUAUUCUCAAAGUGUAAGAGCCAUGCCGUGGAAUAAAAAAAAGUUAAUCCUCAUAUUUUAAUCGCGAUUAAUUUAGUCGACCUAACAUAGAUUGAAAUUGCAUUAAUCUGAAUAUUAAUCGAAUAAAUUAUCGAUUAAAUCUCGAUUGAAAGUUGACAGGGGGACAUAUUUGUACGUAAAUGGAAUAGAAUUUGCAUGUAAAUAUUUCCCACCUUUUCGGGGCGGGGACAAAUGGGAACACACAAUUUUUGGAUGUAUUCCCAUUUAUUCCCGCAGGGAACAGAUGGAAUAGGAUUUGAAAGUAAAUAUUUCCCAUUUUUUCCCCCCUUAUCGGGCUGGGGACAAAUGGGAACACACAAUUUUCGGAUGUAAUCCCAUUUAUCAUUUAUCCUCGCAGGAAACAGAUGGAAUAAGAUUUGCAUGUAAAUAUUUCCCAUUUAUUCCACCUUAUCGGGGUGGGGACAAAUGGGAACACACAAU